AUUGACGUAAAUGCAUCGCCUCCCGACCCGCAAUAUUGGUUUGACAGAAUAAAUAGCAGAGACCGUCGACGCUACGACCCCAUUCACUUUCAACCCGCCUCCCAGCUUUAGCCCGUUUGCCGUUUUCGUCGCCCUCACGCUUUUAUCGACCUUUUAUUUCACGUCCCCUGUCAUUCGCUAUGGAGAAGGCACCUCAGUACGGCAGCAACUACGGGAACGCGCCCGCGUACCAACCGGCCGUGCCCGCACCGCAGCCCAUGUCUGACGCCGCUGUCGGCGCCGGCUUCCAAAACCAGCUUCUUGCGCAGUGCGCAAGGGGCCAGCACCAGGUGACGAAGAAGUACGGCGUGUGCGGUAUCAUCUGCGCGGUCUGCCUGUUCCCUAUCGGUCUGCUCUGUCUUCUGUGCGAUGUCAAGAAGAAGUGUGAGCGGUGUGGGCAGAUCAUCGAGUAAAUGUCAAUGGUGGUGUUCGCUGUGGCUCUUCAUACGCGCCUCUGCCGUCGGGGUGAGGGGAUGUUUGGAUAGUGUAUUCUACUGGGAGGCCUCAGGACUUACUGUACUUCACGACGGUCAUUAUCAUUAU